AUGACUGUUACGAACGUGGCGAUCAAGGAACAUUUUGGAGAGAAUCCAAAUGCUAACCAGCUCUUUGCCGCACCGCCGACUAAUGGCCGACUUAUUGAUCGUUCAGGCUGGCAGGUCUCCUGCGACAGCGAGGAGUCUGGCAAUGACUGUUGGAAAGCAAUUGAUGGAGACAACAACACACUCUGGCACACGCAAUAUUCUGGCUCGGCGCCUGGUCCACCCCACACCAUCACGCUGGAUAUGGGCUCUACGCACAACAUCAAUGGCAUUUCAGUCCAACCGCGACAAGACAACAAUCAGAACGGUUGGAUCGCCCGGCACGAGGUUUCCGUCAGCCAGGAUGGCAACGACUGGGAGGUUGUCGCUAUGGGCAACUGGCCUGCUGAUGCGCUGAUCAAGUAUGCUAAUUUUGAGACACGAAAAGUCCGCUAUGCUCGCAUCAAGGCCGUGCCGGAGAUUGGAGGCAAUGCGUGGACGAGCAUUGCAGAUCUUCAGGUCUACGACGCCGGCGCAGAGCCGACCCAGUACGCCGGCCUCGGAAGAUGGGGACCGACCAUCAACUUCCCAACCGUUCCCGUGGCCGGUAUGGUUGACCCUCUCACAGGAAAAAUCACGAUCUGGUCUGCAUAUGCCUAUAAUAACUACGUCGGUUCAAGUUGGGACCGAGUGUUCACCUCCAUCUGGGACCCAGCUACCAACGAUGUUGAGCCCAAAAUUGUUGACGACACUGACCACGAUAUGUUCUGUCCGGGCAUCUCCAUCGACGGAAAGGGACAAGUCAUCGUCACUGGCGGCAACUCCAAGUACAAGACUACCUUCUACGACUUUCCGUCCCAAAAUUGGACUGCUGGUCCUGAAAUGAAGGUGCCUCGCGGCUACCAAGCCUCGGCAACUUGCUCUGACGGUCGCGUCUUCACCAUCGGCGGUUCUUGGAGUGGCGGCGACAUUGAGCCAAAGGACGGCGAAAUCUACGAUCCUCAGUCAAAGUCAUGGACGAUGCUUUCCGGCGCCAAAGUCGCAAAUCUGUUGACACAGGACGCCCAGGGAAUUCAUCGCUCCGAUAAUCACGCCUGGCUGUUUGGUUGGAAGGAUGGCUCGGUUUUCCAGGCUGGCCCAAGCACUGCGAUGAACUGGUACUACACCAACGGCAAUGGCGACGUGAGGUCGGCUGGCAAACGCACCACCUACCGUGGUGACGACCUCGACUCCAUGGGUGGUAUUGCGGUCAUGUAUGAUGCCACGCAGGGCAAGAUUCUCGCCGCCGGCGGUGCGCCAUCCUACCAACACAGUGCUGCUCACAACGGCGCGCACAUUAUCACUGUCGGGAAUGUGGGCGAUCAGCCCAAUGUGAGGUUUGCGAGCAACGGCAUGUGGUCUGCGCGCUCCUUUGCCACAGCCACACUUCUACCCAAUGGCCAGACCUUCAUCACUGGCGGCCAGAGCUACGCGAUCCCAUUUGAGGACAGCGCCGCGCAACUGACGCCGGAGCUAUAUGACCCAGAUCAAGACAGCUUUCGGCAACAGGCACCAAACACGAUCCCCCGAACUUAUCACAGCAUCUCUCUCUUGAUGCCCGAUGCCCGCGUCUUCAAUGCGGGUGGCGGUCUAUGUGGCGACUGCAACACCAAUCAUUUUGACGGCCAGAUAUUUACUCCCAACUAUCUACUCAACAGCGACGGCUCUCCUGCUGAUCGACCUGCGAUCACGUCGGCGAGUGUGAACUCUGGCCGCAUUGUUAUUGGCACCGAUGACGCCGUGUCCUCUGCCUCUCUCAUCCGUGUGGGCACGUCUACGCAUACUAUCAAAACCGACCAGCGUCGCAUUCCCCUGAAGCUCAGCCGUCAGUCAUCCAGAACAUACAGUGCCUAUUUGCCUACGGACCCUGGCAUCCUUUUGCCAGGCUACUGGAUGCUGUUUGUGAUGAACAGCAACGGCGUUCCGAGUGUCGCCAAGAUAAUCAACCUUUCUCUGUAA